CGUUCUCCAGCCAGCCAGGCCUCGCGUGCCCCGGCAUGGCUCCCGCACGCAGUCCGCCUCUGGGCCUGCAGCUUGCGAUCUCCCUCAACCAUUCCGGCGCCGCUUUCCCAACGAGGCGGCUUCGCUCGGCGUUCUAAGCAAAGGGCCUUACCUGAGCGCGCCUCUUCCAAUGGCUGCUCACCUGAGCGCCCGCUCGGCCCAAUCAGCUCGCAGCUCGUCCCUCUUGCCUUGUAUCCUUCAGUGAAAGAAUCCAAGUCCUCUUGGGAAAGUUUACCUGUAGGCGCCUUUUGGUUUUUGUUGCUUCCCGGCGCGGUGCCCUAAACGGCAGAGAGAGGGAGGGCGGGCAGGCGAGCCUAGCCAGUCUCCUUUCACAUGCGAGGGGCGGGCAGAAGGGGGCUUUACCUGUCCCACUCCUACCUCCGCGGCUGGCUGAGGGAGAAGUAAGAGGGGGGGAAGAAAAGCAGAAUUACCAGUAGCUCUGGUUCUGCCGUCCCGGGCGCUCGCUUGCUCUCGCUCGCUCGCUCACGCGCACACACGCACACACACACCUUUACCUGCACAGACUUGAAAGUCCAGUUUCACCAGAGAGACUGAGGCAUCUGGAAAAGGGGAGAGAGUUCAUUGGAUCAAACAUGUCACAAGAGACGGACAACAGUAAAAACCGGCUUGUGACUGUGGUGCCAAGUGAUGCUCCAUUCAAUACCAGGAGGGCCUACACGAGUGAAGAUGAAGCCUGGAAAUCUUAUCUGGAAAAUCCCUUAACAGCAGCUACAAAGGCUAUGAUGAGCAUCAAUGGGGACGAGGACAGUGCAGCUGCUCUUGGAUUACUGUAUGAUUAUUACAAGGUUCCCAGAGAUAAAAGGGUGUUGUCUCUUAACAAAGUGAGUGAUAAUCAAGAAGACCAGGAUAAAAGAAGUUGCCUUUCCACCAGUGAAGCUCAGAGCAACUUGGCCAGCGGUGGGGAAAACAGAGUCCAGGUUUUGAAAACGGUGCCGGUGAACCUUUCUUUGAAUCAGGAGCAGCUGGAGACUUCGAAAAGGGAGCAGUUCAGUUCCAGCGUAUCCGGAAGCCCGACUUCCAUUUCUGUGACGGGGGUGAUGGUGGUGAAAGCAGAAGAGUACACCCCUGUUUACGUGGCUCCAUCGGCACAUUACGCAAGGGGAGAAAAUGAGGAGCACCGGAGUGUUAUAUUUGAGCAUGCGCAUUAUGAGGUGCCCAGCAUCAUGCCCCAUUCAACCUACCUGAAAGACGACCAGCGGAGUACUCCCGAUAGCACUUACAGCGAAACUUUCAAAGAUGGAGGGGCAGAGAAAUACCGCAGUGGAUCUGUGGGGCCUGAGGAAUAUAUUUACGAACAAACAGCCAACACAUUCCGUUAUACUUUGGAAGCUACCAAAUCCCUGCGUCAAAAGCAAGGGGAAGGACCGAUGACGUACUUAAACAAAGGGCAGUUCUAUGCCAUAACUCUGAGCGAGACUGGAGACAACAAAUGCUUCAGACAUCCCAUCAGCAAAGUCAGGAGUGUGAUCAUGGUUGUGUUCAGUGAGGAUAAAAACCGCGACGAACAGCUGAAGCAUUGGAAAUACUGGCAUUCUCGGCAGCACACAGCAAAGCAAAGGGUCCUUGACAUUGCUGACUACAAGGAGAGCUUUAAUACAAUCGGGAAUAUAGAAGAAAUCGCUUAUAAUGCCAUAUCUUUUACUUGGGAUGUCAAUGAAGAAGCAAAGAUUUUCAUCACAGUGAACUGCCUGAGCACAGACUUCUCUUCUCAGAAAGGAGUCAAGGGGCUUCCAUUGAUGAUUCAGAUUGACACAUACAGCUACAAUAAUCGCAGCAAUAAACCCAUCCAUCGUGCCUUCUGCCAGAUCAAGGUUUUUUGUGACAAGGGAGCCGAGAGGAAAAUCCGGGAUGAAGAAAGGAAGCAAAAUAGGAAGAAAGCAAAAGGCCAGCUGUCGCAACCUCCGUGUAGUAACGCUGAAGGGAAACUGAGCACCGUCCCACUCCAGAAGAAGAGCGACAUCACCUACUUCAAAACCAUGGCAGACCUGGACUCGCAGCCGGUUCUCUUCAUACCAGACGUUCAUUUCGGGAACCUGCAAAGAACUGGGCAGGCUUACUAUAACACAGAUGAUGAGCGAGAAGGUAGCAUCUUGGCUAAAAGGAUAUUCCGGCCAGUAGAAGAAGACUUCAGCUCACCACCGCUGAAGCAAAUAAAAGAAGAAGGAACGAAAAGAGUGCUGCUUUACGUGAGGAAAGAGGCUGACGAAGUGUUUGAUGCUUUGAUGUUAAAAUCGCCCACUGUAAAGGGACUAAUGGAAGCGAUUUCUGAGAAAUACGGUCUUCCAGCUGAAAAGAUUACAAAGCUGUACAAGAAGAGCAAAAAGGGGAUUUUGGUAAAUAUGGAUGAUAACAUCAUUGAACAUUAUUCCAAUGAAGACACGUUCAUCCUCAACAUGGAGAGCCUGGGGGAAGGCUACAAGGUCACGUUGACGGAAAUCUAGCCUAGAUCAGAACGCAGCCUAGUGAAGUCAUAGCAUUUCACCCUCACCUUAAGGAAGGGGACCAUUCUUCUAAAGCCCUGAUGGCUCACGGAUGCCAAGAAGAGAGGCUGUUACAAAACUCCACUGGAAGCGAGGAAACAAAGCCCAGUUGUCAUUGACCACUCCGUUCAAGAUGAACUAACAUACCUCUACAAAGUUCCUUAUUUAUUGCUCCUCACGCUGCACUCUGUACAUAGUCAGCAGACCACGGACAUCGCCUCUCGCCCACCGCAAGGGAGAAACGGCGACUUUUUUUAAAAAAAGAGUUAAUGUGGAAGAAAAUGAAAUUGUGGAAUUGCAUUAGUUCGCCUGGGACUUAAUAGUUAAAAUUGAACCUUUCAAGAAUAAAUUGCUUGAAGAUUUGAUCUUCUAAUCCAUGGCAAGGAAAGUGGCCGAUCAUGUUCACUGGUACAAAACUACCAGCAAACAAAUGUGUAGGUUAGCCAUAUCCUUCCCAGCACAGGGCAAUUGAGGACUGUUAGUAAGGGACUUGGAUGGCAUGCCAUUUGUAAGUAAAGCACCAUCCGUUUUUAACCUUUGUAUAUAAUGUUUAUAAUAUGUAAUAAUAUAUUUUUCCUACCUGUGUGGAUGUGUUUACUGCCACUCUUGUUUCUAAUCCUGGGAUUAGAAGCUGUCAGGCGACUCUCGCUGAGGAGAGAGAUUCUGCCAUUAUCUAUUCAGUGAUGUUUCCAUACCUUUUCUUGAGUGGCUUCUGCAGCAUCCGUAUUAGAACGUUAAAAUUCUCCUUCCAGUGGCACAUCUGACAUUUGCACCACAAGCUUGUGGUUCUCGUUCACCCUCCUGUGCCCAUUUCUGUGCAAGGACACUGCAUUGUCUUCCAAUUUCCAAAUUAUUUGUCUUCCGGUUUCUGAAAUAUUUAAACUUUCUUUGCACCCUUGGAUUUCAUCCUUUGGUCUUCUGCAUCCUUGUUGGAUGAGACCCUCCAUUUUCUGCAUGCAGCAAGAACUGAGACAGUGCCAAUACCACCAACACUCUCCUCCCUCCAUUGCCUGCUUCCGAUUCUGACAUUGAGCUUUCAGAAGAUAUAUCUCCAUUCAGCUCACCUCUUCCUUGGGAGCCUCUGGCAAACUGGAGCCAAGCCUAAACUGAGCCAGAAGGUCUUUUUAUUACUAUUAUUUAUAGCAAGUCAGAAAAACAUGAAACCGUAGAGCUGGAGGUCAUCGAGUCCAGCCUGUUGCUCACUGCAGGAUCUGCGGGCAGCUUGCAAGGUGCAACUGCGACAUCUGCAACAGAUGGACGUCUUUGCUUCUAUCCUCCAGCAAAGGAGAACCCACCACUUCCUGAGGCAGCCUGCUCUGCAGCUUCUCCUAUUAGGAAGCUUCUUCGAAUGUUCAGCUGAAAUCCAGUUCCCAACAAUUCCCACCCGUUGCUCCUAAUCCUGCCGUCCGGAGCAGCAACAGAGUUCAACUCUGCUCCCUCUUCUUCAUCACAGCCCUUCAGGUAUUUGAAGACAGCCAUCGUCUUCCCCCCCCUUAAUAGGUGGGUGGAUUUGGUUCAGCAAACACCCUUCGAGACCAGCUGAGCAGGUGCUUGCUGGUUUACCUUUUAUUUCUUAAAUGAAAUCAAUGAAUAGCCAAUAUCCCCAUUUGCACAAUGUACAAAUUUCAGGCACAGAUCUGGGGGUGCAAUCCGCAUGCAUGUGCACUGCGUGAAUGGUGCCAAGAAAGGGAAUCUGGACACCUCUGGUCAUGAUGGGAAUGGGUGACAUGUGCCUGAAGAGGUAUCUUUGUAUCCCUCCCAUCCCCAGAAGAGCCACUCUAGGGAACUACAUCCCUACAAUCCCAGGAAUCCAAACAGGCAGGGGAGUUUUGGUGCAGUUGAAAAAGGAUGCAGCCUAUGCUCCCAUGCCCUGGUGACUCACCUCAGCUUCCCUUCCCCUUGUUCAGCUCCUUUACUCUUUGCUGUCUUCUUUCCCUGCCCUUCUGACACUCCCCCAACCCACCUCAUCCCUGGUUGCCAUUCCCUUGCCCAUUCAACUUCCCAGGAGUUGUGGCAGGAAUGGAAUAAAUUUCUUGGAUGAAUGGAUCCUCUGCUCAUUUUGUUGAACGUCCUUGUGCCCGCUGAUGGGUCUCGCUAGAGUGUAAAUGUAAAAAUGUACAUACGCCUCCCUUGACUUUGGUCUGAAUGUACAUAUUAAGUCCUGACUCUGUAGACUUUGUUAUAUGAUCAUAUUACUCAGCCUGUCUUAAUCGGUAUGUAGUAGACAUUUUUUUCAUUGCACUUCCAUCAACGGGGCUGCUGGGAAUGGCCAGAGCUUGGUAGCAAAAUGUGGUUUGCUUGCAUAAGGUCAAAGAAUUGAUUGCCACUAUUUCCAGCAGUGCUUCUUACUGAAACCCUGGAGAGUUGCUGCCAGCCAGUGUUGGUCAGCCUUCUUCAACCAGCUAGGAAUAAUAGCACUUGCAAUCCAACAACAUCUGGGGGCCUGAGGUUGAGGAACUGUAGAUACUGAGCAGCUGGAUGUGGCCUGACUCUGUUUAAGGCGUCUUUAUAGCAACCCUGAGAUUAUGAAAUAGUAAUCUGAAAUGAAGCCCCUGUAAUUCGUUUAUUAACUUUGGGAAGCAAAUAUGGAAGUUCAAGCACUUCUUUGAUUGGGACAGUCAGAGCUUCAAAGAGUGAGGUUCCUUGCUCAAGUAAGACUACAGCAAAAUGGUGUUGUGGAGAUGAAUGUUUCUUAAAAGGUUUCUGGUAUGUAAAUUAACUUGACCUAAAUUUCAGGAGUGUUUGCUUCUGCCAAUGCUCUUUUAGCAGCUUAGUCCUUUUCUAUUUCUUCAAAGUUUCAAAUGUUACAGGAAAAAUGCCAAACAUCGCAUUAUGAGAUGCAUGCAUUUUUUUUAAAAAAACAAACAAACUGUUUUGUUCAAUGGUUUUAAGGUCAAUUCAUUUUGGUCACAAUAUUGCAUUUCUGAGUUCUACCAAUAUUGAUUCUUAAAGAGGGAGAGGAGCCAGAACAGUUGUCCUAAAUCUGCACGGUAUGCAAAAUGCAUGAGAGAAUAAACACCCUCUUUAUUUGUGUAUACUUGCAUAAGCAUGUAUGUCCCUUGUAGUCAUGUGAAGCCAUGCUGACUGAUAUAUCUGAAGUGAAUAACAUGCUGAUUUAGCAUUGCUUCAGAAUCAAUUGAGCUUACAGAGCCAUUUUUACAGCAAACUGAUAAUUCACUGCCAAACUGCCUGGCAGGGUGAAAAUCAAGAAUUGCAUUCUUCUUCUUCUUCUUCUUCUUUAUGCCCAUCAUGGAGUGAGGUGAUAGGUAAAAUUGCACCUGUUGAACAUCUCUUGGUGGCUGGCAAAGGCACAGCUCCCAAUGUUCUACGUAACCAUGGCGUUGCCAUGCAACCCAGAAAGAAAUGAUAACUUACCCCUUCUGUUCUGUGGUUUAUUUAGCACUUAAGCAUAAUGAGUAUUCCAAAAUAAUCUAAAAGUGGGCUUUCAGAUUUUGUUUUGGGGAGCCAAUGGGAUCCCUUAGAAGCUUGGGUAUCUUCAAGCAGUCCCCAAGGGCCGUUUUCAGUGGCUUUCCUUCCAUUACUGGUCUUCUCAAACAAUGGGUAGCCUUAGAGGAAUAUCAGGUGUGCUCAAGGGUUCGCUCUCAGAUCACUGGCCUCAGAACCAUUUACUGGUGUUGAGGGGUAAAUGUUCAUGAGUACCUUGGCAUGCCAGACAUUUUAGAAAGUGUAUUUCUAAAGGUGAAAAGUUUGAAGAACGCCACAUAACAAAAAUCACCCUUACUGCUAUCUUCUGAAAUAAAGCUCUACUGUGCCUAUCUUUUGAGACUGGGGCUUUAUCUAUCCAGAGAAGGUGCAGAGAAAUAUUGUAUUUAAUGAGUUUAGCCCUCU